CUGUCCCCGUGUGUCUGUCCCGGCCUCUCUGCAGGGCUGGCUCCACCAUGGACUGUAGCUGCGUCUCCGACCUUCUCUUCGCCCCGCCCGCCCUGCCGGCUCUCUGGACCCCCGGGUUUGCCUUCCCAGAUUGGGCCUACAAGCCGGAGUCGUCCCCUGGCUCGAGGCAGAUCCAGCUGUGGCACUUUAUCCUGGAGCUGCUGCAGAAGGAGGAAUACCAGGGUGUCAUCGCCUGGCAGGGGGACUACGGGGAAUUCGUCAUCAAGGACCCCGACGAGGUGGCUCGGCUCUGGGGCAUCCGCAAGUGCAAGCCCCACAUGAAUUAUGACAAGCUGAGCCGGGCCCUGCGCUACUACUACAACAAGCGGAUUCUCCACAAGACCAAAGGGAAGAGGUUCACCUACAAGUUCAACUUCAGCAAAGUCGUGCUGGUCAACUACCCGCUGUUGGAUGUGGCAGCAGCCACCACGGGCUCCCCACUCUUGCUGACCCCUGGUCCCUUUGGGGGGACCCCUGGGCCAGAUGCUCCUCCCCUUACCCCUGAGACCCUGCAGACCCUGUUCUCUGCCCCUCGCCUGGGAGAGCCAGGGGCCCGGGCGCCCCUGUUCACCCCUGAGACAGACAAACUGCGUCUGGACAGCCCUUUCCCGUUUCUGGGCUCCGGUGCCACCGGCUAUUCCAAGCCCCCUGGCCUGCUGGGUCCUUAUGGCCGCGCCUUCCCAGAGUACCCCUGGAACUUUAACCCGUACCUCACCGGCCCCUUCCCCAAGCUGCCCCCCUCUCUCUACCCCCCACACUUCUACCCCAACCCUCUGGCCGGUCCCCUGGGCCACCUGCCCUCAGCAGGGGCAGGGGGAGGCCCCACAGCUUCACCCCUGCUGGCUGCGACAGGGGAGGGCCUGGGCCCUGAGCGCCCCUCGGGCCUGGCAGCCGCCCCUCGCCUGGCACUGCCCGGAGCUGGGGGUCCAGAGGCUGCGCUGGGUGGGAAGGAGGACAGCGACUCGGAGCUGGAGAUCACUGAUGUCAGCGGCUGCAGCUCUGACAGCGAGGGCGACGAGGGCCUCCCUGUGCCCCCCAAGGCCAAGGCGAGCAAAGGGGGGAUCGGCAGCUGAACCA